CAUCUACCUAGGUAUCAGUUGAGUCCGGUUUCCUUAAAACCAAAUGUGCGUGCUAGUCGAAGUCAGCAUGGACCUUUUCAAAAUAAACUCGCUAAGUUAGUGGACAAGCUGUCAACUGAGCGAGAAAUAGUCGACUUGGAGCAUGAAACGGGGAGAACACUUUUUAAUUCCAUGGACUCGUUUUUCGCAUACGGGCUACUCUCUGGUGAUAAAGUGUAUUGGCGAUUUGUUCGUGAAUUUCUUCCAAAGACACAACAGCAGCUCUUACGAGCAGAAUGGGGUGAUAUCGAUAACCGCCGUCUGUCAAUCGCAUGGUUAAAAGAUGCAUUCAAUAAAGGCACACUUCACUUUCAAAUGCUCGCAUUCAGGAACAAUCGGAGAUUUAUUGAACGAUUUUAUCAUCGCAAUGCAUGUAUGAGCAAUGGUGGUAUGCUGGAAGCGGUCACUGACAUGAUCACCAGCCUUGUGAAUGUUCAGUUCGCUUUUUAUUCGACACUUAGUCUUCGCAUUGAGCCUGCUCGAGCAGUCGUUGUCGAGCCUCCUGUUACACCAAUAGCCACGGCGCGAGCAAAAAGGAGAAAGCGAACAGAAAGUCUACGCAACCAACCACCUGUGCUCAGUGAAACGAUCCCGUCAAAUUUAGAAAGCAUCGCUGUGCCUUCACCAAAAGAUCAGGAUGCGAUUUUGGACGAGCUCAUGAGGAUGCGCCGAAAUCGACUGCAAGGUUUUGAGGAAAAUCACACGAGUGAAAAGGCUGACGAGAACGCGGAUUCUGGAAUGAAUACGAGUGGAAACUCAUCUGGACCGCCUGUCAGAAGUGAAGGGUUUGAAGAGGUUGUGCGCAAAACCAUGUCACAAGCUAAUAUGGAAAGCCUGGGAGAGCUUGAACCAAAGUCGUUUGAUAGCCUCCUUCAGUACGAAGAGUUACCACAGGAAAAACAUCAAGAAGAUGAUGCUUUGGUUGAAGGCGAAGUGGUGCUACAUUCUGGAGACAUUUUGAAAUUGGCGAUGAACGUGUACGUGAACGAGGGCGAACGGCUGCUGCGUAUGUAUCAUGUGUACCAGCGAUUUGCUGCUGGAACGCCUCAGCAGAGGCUUCUUGCAAUAACCGAUCAUAAUAUAUACAUCAUCACGCAGAAUGUUGUGCAAGAAGAAUCUGCUCAUCCAGGGGUGUUCGAAGAAGGUGGUCACAAUAACGUAUUCUAUGAAGUACACGUUAUUAUACCACUACCAGCCAUUGAUUAUAUUGGC